AUGCGAGGCUGGAAGUAUCAUCUUCGGAAUGACAUCUUGGCGCAUGUCAAAACAGCCAUGGAGGCUGACGAAUCGGGGCUCCUUGCGUCUUGUGGUAAUAUGAAGGACCUUGUGAAGACAUUUCAAAGACGUUUUACUCCGGAGAACUUCUUUGAGGUUUCCAAUUCGUGUGCCACUAUUUGA